AUGGUGGGUUGCUUGUUUGUCUCGGGAAGGGUGUUGGGGGAUCUCCCCUCCUCCUCCGACUGCCGCCGGCCUGCCGUGAGCCGUUUGGGUCUCAGUGGCGAUGGACCCAUUGCCGCCGAUGGAGUCUCUGGUGCUGCCAACCCCUCCGUCUUCACCACCACCUUCACCGUCGCCUCCGCUGCGGUCGUCGCCACCACCAUCGCCACCGUCUCCUCCUCCCAUGGCGUCGAAUUUGACUGCAUCGCCACCACCAUUGGCCUCACCCCCACCCCCACCCGCUACCUCGCCUCCCCCGGCUUCAUCGCCGCCACCUUCAGAGGCCAUCCGUCUCCGCCGCCUCCAUCAAGUGAUCUAAAUACCCCGCCCUCACCGCCAAUAGUUGCCCCUGGCCCUCCACCGCAACAACCGUCGCCACUACCGCCAAAUACGCCGAACUCGCCGCCUUUACCUUCCCUAUCGCCUCCUCAACCAGCAAACCCUCCUCCUGUAAUUCCGCCGCCAGGUGACCCCUCUGGUGGCGCAUUAUCACCGCCUCCUCCAUCCUCCGCGGUACCAAAUUUUCCACCGCCGCCAGGAUCUCUCACGCCCCCGUCAAAUGGAACAACGCCUUCUCUGUCGCCUCCGACGGGCUCCUCGACAAGUGGCAGCUCGCCACCAUCUCCUAGCUCCUCCUCGUCACUCCCUCUCUUGCCUGUCAUGAUCGGAGUCGCGAUAGGAGUAGGAGUGUUAUUGGCCGUGCUCUUGGUGUGGUUUAUCUUUUCUUGCGCUGGGAAGAAGAAGAAGAAGAACCCGCGAGCUCAGACGAAUCAUCACGCUGGCUCUUUUGGCGAUGGCUCAAAAGCUGGCAAAAGCUACUACAAGACCUACUCGAGUCGGCGCAACACUCAGCCACCUGGAACAGAUCACGUCGUUCAAAUCCCUCCCCCGCUGGGGGCGGUGGCAGGCGCUCUACCUUCAGGCUGGCCGACGCCGCCACCGCCUCUCUCGAGCAGCACCGAAGGGAACUCGAGGAGCUCGCAUGGCCUGGACUCUUCCAUCACUCUCGGGUUCAACAAGAGCACCUUCACCUAUAACGAAUUAGCGAUGGCCACAAACGGAUUCGCCUUCGACACCAUAAUAGGCCAAGGAGGUUUCGGGUACGUGCACAAAGGGGUGCUGCCGAGCGGGCAGGAGGUGGCCGUGAAGUGCUUGAAAGCCGGGAGCGGGCAGGGAGAUAGGGAGUUUCAGGCUGAGGUGGAGAUCAUCAGCCGUGUCCAUCACCGUCAUCUGGUGUCGCUGAUAGGAUACUGCAUCGCCGGAAGUCAGAGGAUGAUGGUUUACGAGUUCAUGCCGAACAAAACCCUAGAGUAUCACCUUCAUGCGAAAGAUCGUCCGCCCAUGGGUUGGUCCACCAGGCUUCGAAUUGCUUUAGGAUCUGCCAAGGGCCUCGCUUAUCUGCAUGAAGAUUGUCACCCUCGUAUCAUCCAUCGGGACAUCAAAGGUGCAAACAUCCUUCUUGAUUUCAACUUCGAGGCCAAGGUGGCGGACUUCGGACUAGCUAAGCUUACUUCGGACAAUUUCACUCACGUGUCGACACGAAUCAUGGGAACAUUCGGUUACUUGGCCCCGGAGUAUGCAGCGAGCGGCAAACUGACUGACAAGUCCGACAUCUUCUCCUUCGGAGUUAUGCUUCUGGAGCUGAUAACGGGACGGCGUCCGGCCGACCCCACCAGCGAGUUGAUGGAGGACAGCCUCGUGGAUUGGGCUAGGCCCCGAAUCGGACGUGCCUUGGAAGAGAGCAAAUUCAACGAGUUAGCCGACCCGCGGUUGGAAGCCCGUUACGACCAUCAGGAGAUGGCGCGCAUGGCGGCGUGUGCUGGCGCAUGUAUCCGGCACUCCGCCAGGAGGAGACCCAAGAUGAGCCAGAUCGUUCGAGCUCUAGAAGGGGACGGUUCUUUCGACGAUCUAAACUUCUGGCCAAAGUCGAACGGCCAAAGCUCGACCGGCCAAAACUGGGCCGCCGGCGGAUCGAGCAGCACCGAUUACGAAAGCGUCUCUUAUAGCGAGAACAUGAGGCAAUUCAAGAAAGUCGCGUUUAACAAUCAUGAGUACGUGAGCAGCGAGUAUGGAGGCACGAGCGAGUACGGGCUCAAUCCUUCUUCUUCAAGCAGCGACACGGAGGAGACGAGCAAAGUCGGGUCCAGGAGACAUAGUCCGUGA